CCACGAUUUCGUCACGCUUUCACUUUUAUCUUUCAGAUGAAUUCAUUUCCCCUCUCUCUCUAUAUAUAUGUAUUCAUGGCUGACCCUAAUUCACAAUUCAACAUAGCUUCCCAGCUAAUUAGUCAAACCCCAUUUUACCUACCUCAUCAUAAACCAUCAGCUGCUUCAUAGCUUACUCAAACCUCCCUCAUUGGUUAGGAGGCUAGCCGCCGAGCAACAACAACAACCGCCGGAAGCGAAGGCCGUGGCCUCGGAGGCGGAAUCGAUAAUGUCUGACGGGACCGGGGCUGUUAAGCACCCCAAGUACCGGGGAGUCAGGAGCCGGAGCGGCAAGUGGGUGUCGGAGAUACGAGAGCCCCGGAAGACCACCCGCAUUUGGCUCGGGACCUACCCCACCCCUGAGAUGGCGGCAGCCGCGUAUGACGCGGCUGCCCUCGCUCUCAGGAGCGGGGAUGCGGUGCUCAACUUUCCCGCAUUUGCUGGGAGCUACCCCGCCCCGCUUUCCACAGACGGGGCGGGAAUACGACGUGCCGCCGCCCUCGCUGCCUCAAUGAUGAAGCCGGAAACGAGCGCGGGUGUGACGGGUCGCCUUGAAAGGAGCGAUUUUAGGGUUUUCGGCGCAAGGUAUAUCGACGAAGAGGAGUUGUUCGGCAUGCACAACUUGUUGGUCGACAUGGCGGGGGGGAUGAUGGUGAGCCCGCCACGGAUGAGCUUGUCGCCGACGCCCGAUGACUUGUCGGAAAAUGCCGAAACCGAAAGCCUUUGGAACUAUUGAAUUGGAUAGUUUAGAUUAUUGAUGAAUAAUGAUCCUUCAAUUUCAUUAUCUUCUCUUCACUAAAUGAAAUGCUUUAAUUUCU